UUUUAUUAUUUAUAUUUGUUACUAUCAAUUCGACCACGACUCGACACCUACUCUCCAGACAUACAAUUAAAAGACAACAGUGGCAUAUAGACAAUAUAAAUCUCCAUCUCCAUCUUCACAUCCCAUUUCUAUAGAGCAAGCACGGAUAUCCACCUUUUCCACCAUUGUUUGCACAAUUCUCACUACACCACUGUCCCUUCGUUCUCCACAAAAAAUUAUGGAAGAAGACCUAGAAAAUCCCUUUACCACCUCCGCGGCCGCCUCGCCGGACCCCCUUACCAUCACCUCCGCCGCCACCUCUCUAGAAUUUUCCGAUGACAUUGAUAGUUGUUGUUCCACGCCUUAUGUUAGUGCACCGUCUAGUCCCGGCCGCGGUACACCCCUUGGAGGGUUCUACUUUAGCGCCCCAGCUAGUCCUAUGCAUUUUGUGCUUUCCAGUAACAGCAUUUCUUCGUAUGGGGUUGAGUCGUCGACGGCGGCAUGUUCGUUUGAGUUUGAUUUCUCGGCUCCGCUCGCCGACAAUGGCGCGCCGCCGGGGUCCAUGACCUCCGCCGAUGAAUUGUUCCUGAAUGGCCAGAUCCGACCCAUGAAGCUUUCCAGCCAUCUCCGGAGGCCCCAGGUUUUGGCCCCUUUGAUUGACGUUGAUGAAUCUGAUGAGAUUGAACAAUCCGAGCGUGACGAUUCUUCAUUUUCUGAGGAGAAAUUUGUUCGCGGAAGGGAAUCGAAAUUGCGGACCGGAUCAUUAAGGAGGAGGACUAGAUCUAUGUCCCCUUUGAGGACGACGUCGUUUCUAGAUCAAGAAAAUGACCAUGCACAGCAUGACGAUGAGAUGGAGAGAGAAAAUGAAGUGUGUAAGAACACAGAAAAUCCAGCGGGAUCGAAUGAUACGACGACGUGUGAAUCUGGAUCUUCAUCGAGGUCUUCAUCAAUUGGGAGGAGCUCGAGGAGGUGGGUUUUCUUGAAGGAGUUCUUGUAUAGGAGCAAAAGUGAAGGUAGAAACAACGGGCAUAAAUUUUGGGGUUCCUUAUCAUUUUCACCUGUCAAAGAUAAGAAAAUGGAGAAGCCCAUUCCCAACCCCCAAAACCCAUCAACUGAGAAACCUAAAGAUGCAGCAAAUUCAACACCAGAAGUAGUAAAUUUCAACACCGGAGCCACAAAAAAAGCUCCAAAAGAGGUGAAAAACAGGGCAGUAAAUGGGAUUGGUAAAAGAAGGGUGCCACCAUCUCCUCAUGAAUUGCUUUACACUGCAAAUAGGGCACAAGCAGAGGAGAUGAAGAAGAAGACAUUUUUGCCUUAUAGACAAGGUUUGUUGGGCUGUUUAGGAUUCAGUUCAAAGGGCUAUGGUGCCAUGAAUGGUUUUGCUAGAGCUUUGAACUCUGUGUCAUCAAGGUAAAAAUUGAAAUUUUCAAGAAAAUGUGUAUUAAUUUCUUGAACAUGUGGGUCCAGCAGGGUUGUCUCAAGUGCUAGAUUUGUAUAGAAUAUAUUUUAUUUUCUAAA